CACACCACUCCAUCCCCCCCCCCAGAGACAGACACUCGGGCAGUGCCUCACCGCUGAGAGCUGCAGCAAAGUCAAUUGAAUGAUAGAAUAUGAAUCUAAUUUAUUUUUCCUUGAGAAAUUUUCAGCAUUGAUAUUGUGUAUUUAAGGAUGAACAAAGACGACCCCCGACCCAUGACCUCAAGUAAGACAUUGCUGUAAUUGACAUAAUAAAAGAAAGUUUUUCAACUUGUCCACUGGUGUUUUUUCUUGACAUCAGUUUUAUUGUGUGUUUAUACAUAUAUGUAUUUAUGUGGAUACAUGUAUGUGUGUUUAUCCAGAUCUAACUCCACUGCAGUACAUGAGGUAUUCAUCCAUAAAUUGAUGUUUUUAACUUUUUUCCAUCUUUAAAGCAUUUAAACAUCUUUUUGUGUUUUAAAAUCAGAAUUCCAAACGGAGCUGGUUAGCUGCUGGUUAGCUGCUGGUUAGCUGCUUCAACAUCAGUGUCUUUGCUACAGGGAGGUUGAUUUGUGGCUCAGAACCAACCUUUUAAAUUAUUUUCUCUGCUGUGUGACAGAAACGCUGAACAAAGAGAAAGUUUGAAGAAGUCCUAUGAAUAAAACGGAAGAAAAAGCUUAGAGAAACAAUUACUGAACGUAUUUGACUGUAUGAAGUAAUAAAGUAUGACUUGGUAGUUUGUACACUUCCGGUGGGCGGUCCUUAUAAGGCCCUAAGUUCCCGGCAUUUGUAAUUAAUUUAGCAGCUCACGGAGAACGCGGAGAAGAAAAGCAGAGCCACCAGGUCCACCGUCCUCUCUGCCUCCUCUGAACAUCCUGCUGUUUCUUUCCACAACAGGAGGAUGUGAUGCCAGGAUGUGAUGGCUGCGGUCAGGUCACUGCUGCGGCUGUAGUAACUGUGAUCCUCCAGCAUCAAACCCACCUUCUCACAGUGUCGUUUCUGCUGCAGUACCAGGAAACUACGACGCCUGGGGAAACCAGCCGUACUUCUCCACUUCUCCACUGCUCCACUUCUCCGUUCACGGGGGGAGGAUGAAGCACCAGAGGAGAGAAUCUGUUUCACAGCAGUUCCCUGGGCUCAAAGAUAGAUGGAGGGGAUUUGCAUAGGGUGGGGCGAGAGUGAGUGUAAGAGAUAUGAGAGGGAACAGGAGGACGAGGCAGAGAGAGAUGUUACUGCUACGGUGCAGUGAAGGGAGGAGGAGGAGGAGGAGGAGGAGGAGGAGGAGGAACAUCCACACACUCCUGCUCUGGUGUCCAGAGAACAAACACAGUCACUGAGGCUGAAGGAGGCGCUGCUCCACCUCCAUCUCUCAUAUUCACCUCCUCCUCCUCCUCCUUAAGGAGCCACAUGAGGAGGAUCAGAGAGAGCAGCUCUGCAACUGGCUCCACCAGCUCCUAUUAAAGUGUGUGUAACACUCACACACACACACACUGACUCAACUUUCCCAUCCGCACACACACACACUGGCACACUGCAAAGCAGGAGGCACACCCCCUCCCCUCCCCUCAUUGAUGUAAGCAGCAGCAGCAGCAGCAGCAGCAGGAGGACGAGUGCAGAGGAGGACGGUCAUCGUACCGAUCACAGCAGCUUCUACAGCUGAAGUGAGUGCCUGUGGGACAGCCAUGGAGGACAGCAUCACCUGCAGCCACGCCACCUUCUCCCAGGUGUUUGGACGUCAGGGACAGCUGAUGCAGGCCACUGUCCAGUCGUUAAACAACCUGAACGACCAGAUCGUCCAGUUCAUGGUGACCCGACCCUGCAGCCUGACCGACGAGGAUGAAGCCUUCGUCCCAGGAGAGAGGGACACGCUGAGGAAGUCCAUGACUCUGAUGAGGCACCUGCUCAUGGAUGCUCAGGGGAAAAUCCUGAAGAUGAUGGAGGACAACAAGCAGCUGGCUCAGAGGAUCGACGGGGCCAUCCAGUCCGCCAGCCAGGAAGUGACCAAUCUACGCUCUGAGCUCAACGCCACCAGCCGCCGGCUGGCUGAGCUGGGUGCCAGCAGCCCCCCCACUCUGGAGAACCAUCACCAGCACAACCACCACGAUGACGCUCUCCACGCCAUCCAUUAUCGGGCUCCUCCGCUGCACCACAGACAGAAGACGGUGUUGACAGACCUGUGUUACCCUGCUGAGAUAUCAGCCCUCAUGGACUUUGGCUCUCCAGACUGCUCUCUAGGAAAAGUGUUGCUUCGUGAGGAGGUGGCCCAGCUCCAGGAGGAGGUGCACCUGCUGCGGCAGAUGAAGGACAUGUUGACCAAGGACCUGGAGGACACCCAGGGGGGCUGCUCCGCCAACCUGCUGUCAGCCACCGAGCUCCGAGUCCAGCUGGGAGACAAGGAGCAGGAACUGGACCGAGCCAAGGAGGCCUUACAAGCUAUGAAAGCUGACCGUAAACGUCUGAAGGUGGAGAAGUCGGAGCUGGUGAGUCAGAUGCAGCAGCUGUACACCACUCUGGACAGCAGGGAGCAGCAACUACGGGAAUUCAUACGCAACUACGACCAGCACCGAAAGGAGAGUGAGGACGCAGUGAAGACACUGGCCAAAGACAAAGACCUCCUGGAGAGGGAGAAGUGGGAGCUGAGGAGACAGACCAAGGAGGCCACGGAGCAGGCCAACGUCCUGCGCUCUCACAUGGAGACCAAGGAGAACCGGAUCAAAGAACUGGAGGCGGAGCUGACCAUGGCCAAGCAGUCCCUGGCCACCCUGACCAAAGACGCACCAAAGCGCCACUCGGUGGCCAUGACCACAGAGCCCGUGGUGAACGGCAGUCAGGAGUGGGUGAUGCAGGCCGACCUGCCGCUGACCGCCGCCAUCCGUCAGAGCCAACAGACGCUGUACCACGGACACAGCACAGACAGACAGGGUAGGUCUCUCAGCUGCUCUGCUCUAAAGCCGACUUUCUGCCCCGCCGCCUCGGCGGCCGACGGCGACCGCUCGUCCACGCCCAGUGACAUCAACUCACCUCGUCAUCGGACCCACUCCCUCUGCAAUUCCAUGGAGGACCUGGAGGACCAGAAGCGUAAGAAGAAGAAAGAGAAGAUGACUCUUGGAUCCCUGUCCCGGGUUUUCACUCGGGGCAAACAGCGCAAGUCUCUGGACCCGGGUCUGUUUGAUGAUUCUGACAGCCUUACACAGCAGAGCCUGUCUGACGGAGAGGAGCAGCUGGACCGCCUCCAGCAGGCCGAGCUGACGCGGACCACCUGCAUGUCCCUGUGGAGAGCCGGGGCCGUCCAGGCCUGGAUGGAAGUCGUCAUGGGAAUGCCCAUGUACAUGAGAGCCUGCUCGGAAAAUGUCAAGAGCGGGAAGGUGCUGCUGGGGUUGACGGACGACGACCUGGAGUUGGGACUUGGAAUCACUAACCAGAUUCAUCGCAGGAAACUGAGACUGGCCAUCGAGGAUUACCGAAGGGCUGAAGGUGAUCAGGGCCUCUCCAAAGCCUCAGAGAUGGACCAUCACUGGGUCUCGUCGUCAUGGCUGAGUGACGUGGGGCUGCCCCAGUACUCCCAGACCUUCCAGACCCACCUGGUGGACGGACGGGUGCUGAACUCCCUGAGUCGCAGAGACCUGGAGAAACUCCUCAACAUCAGCGACCAGUUCCACCAGACCAGUCUUCUUCUGGCCGUCCAGCUCCUGCAGAUGCUCAGCUUCGAUCGAGAGGCCCUGCAGGCUCGACGAGCCAAAUGUGAUCUCCAAGACCGAGACCCCAUUGUUUGGACAUGUCACAGAGUAAUCAGCACACGACGUUCAUCUGAUGUUUUGUUCAUUUUUAAGGAGUUUGCAGACAAUCUUCAGGGUAAAGGCAUCCACGGAGCCUUGAUGUCUCUGGAGCCGUCCUUCGACACCGACGUCAUGGCCAAAGCCUUGGGGAUUCCCAGCAACAAACACAUGCUGCAUCGACACCUGUAUGAAGAGAUGAGGACCCUGGCUGUACCUCUGAGCAACAUGGAGGAGAACAAAGAGCUGAUUGGCUCCUUCUCCCCGACGACUGUGAAUCGAUUUGCUGAAGAGAGAGCGUCGCUGAGAAAAACAGGAAAGAGUCCACUGAGGCUCCGUGCGAACAGCCACUCCGUGGAGCGCAGCGUGGCCUUCAACGGCAGCUGCAGCUCUUCACCCAAAGAGGGCAGAGUUCAGGUUCUGUCCCGGGCCAAAGGAAGUCCAGUUCAUACCUACAAGGGCGUGGAAAUCACCAACGUCUGAAACAGACGCUGGAAAACUCCAAACUGUUUCACUGGUUUUAACGUAGAGAAAAAAUACAAAGAAAACUACGUUCUUAUUUUUAUUAAAGAUGUGUUUUAAAACAUCGAGAUGAAAUAUUCUCAGAACAGACGUGUCGUUCACAGACGGACGCUGUUAGAAAGAAAGUUUCAGACGAUGAUAAAGAAAAUAAAUGUAAAGUUUACGUCAAGACAGAAAAUGUUUCUGCAGAUUAUCAACACGAUUCUUUAAUGAUGUACAGAAAAGAAACAAAACGUAUUUAUUUUACUUUACUGUACUGUUGUGGUCUCCCCUCCUCUCCCCUCCUCUCUCCCCUCCUCUCUCCCCCUUUUCCAGUUACGACAGCUUCGGCUUCUGAUAUCAGAGAAGAAGUCUUUUCAAACCCUUUCAUCUCGGAGCCUCUGUCCUGAUUGGCUGUUAAUCUUCAGAGGACUUGAAUUGUGCCCAGUCAGCAGCUCUGCUUCAGAUCUCUCACUUUACCUCCACAUGACCCUCCAUCGCCCCCCGCAGGCUUGUCCUAAGAAUGACUAAUAAUAACUAACUAACUAACCAGAGUAAAAAAAAAAAAAGAAAUUUCACACCAAUACUAAGAGAUACUUUUGAUAAAACUGUACUUUUUUUUACUUAAAGAGAGGUCGUAGUGUUAAUGUACUUUUUAUCGUUACUUUAGAUUUAAAUGUUUUUAUUUUGACUUGGAUGCUAAUAAAAUAAAAGAAUCUCAGUGUGAAGAGUGUAACAAACAAACUGUUGAUGUUUACUGUCAGAAAAGAAUUCAA